CCCUUCGUGGAUGUGAAUGACCCUCCAUCCUGUUGGCUUUGCGGGUACUGGCAGAUCCCUUCCGCGCCUCAAUCUUCCCGUCGCGUAAUUCUUGGCGCCAAUAAUGGGCUACGCGGCAGUUUGGAAGCGGUUCUCGCCGCGAGCACUCAAUGUCGCCAUCCAGACUUUUUCCUUGGUCAGCAUUUUCUUCGAGGGCUAUGACCAGGGUGUCAUGGGCGGCGCCAACGCUUCCCCAAGGUACGUCCAGGAGGUUGGCAUUGGCCUCCCAGAUGGCACUGUCACAAACGAAGUCCACCAGGGAGGAAUCGUCUCGGUAUAUUACCUGGGUUGUAUUGUUGGGUGUUUUGCUGGCGGAUGGGCUGCCGAUAGAAUUGGCCGCAUCAAUGGCCUCUUUAUUGGAGCCUUCUUUGCCCUUCUCGGAGGUGCACUGCAAGCCGCGACUCAAUCCAGCGACUUCAUCCUCGUGGCUCGAGUGGUGACUGGGCUCGGUACAGGCGCUCUGACUGGUAUUACUCCAGUCCUGGUUUCGGAAACAUCGCGAGCUAGCCACCGCGGAGGCUUCCUUGGCUAUGUCUUCAUCGCCAACUAUCUCGGCAUUUCAGUUGCUUACUGGCUCUCCUUUGGCCUCUCAUUCAUCGACAACGGUUAUUCCGACACCAGAUGGCGCUUCCUUCUAGCGUUCCAAUGCAUUCCUGCACUACUGCUCCUUGCCGGGAUCAAGACACUUCCGGAUAGUCCGCGUUACCUCGCAGCGGCUGGCCGCUUUGACGACGCGCGUGAAGUGCUGGAACGUAUCCGUGGCAGCCAGGACAGCAGUGUCGAAAUUGAGUUUACGGAGAUUGUAGCUGUAGCAAAGGAGAGCAAACAGAGCUCACCCAUACAAUUCGCAAAGAUUCUCAUCGGGCGUGGUGGUAAGCCCGGCCACCAUCUUGGCCGCCGCGCCUGGCUGUGUGUGUUGCUGCAGAUAAUGGCAUCCUGGACUGGUAUCACCGCUGUGACCGCAUAUUCCCCUGUCCUGCUCUCUCAAGCCGGUUACACGACGCUCAAGCAGAACGGUCUGGCCGGUGGCUUAAACACCAUCGGUAUCGUUGGCACUAUUAUAUCGGCGCAGAUAGUUGAUCGCCUUGGCCGUCGCGUCUGUUUGAUGGGCGGAGCCGCGGGCCUGUUUGCCGUUAAUUUGAUUGCCGGCUCACUGUACGAGGCGGCGCGCGCGCAGCCGGACAAAGUGACGCAAUACGCGCCAGCCGCUGUAACAAUGCUCUUUCUGUUCAACCUCAUCUAUGCGGCCACAUGGGGUACGGUUGCAUUUCUGAUCCCUACGGAGAUCUGGAGCUCGGAUAUGCGAGCGCAGGGGAACGGCUUCGGCAUCACAGGGUGGGCCAUUGGCGUAGGCUGGACCGUCCUGGUCAACCCGGUGAUGUUCGGCACGCUGCAGAACCGGACGUAUUUCUUGUUUGCUGGCCUAAACUUGUUCUGGGUCCCGAUUGUGUAUCUCUUCUAUCCAGAGACGGCGGACAGGUCGCUCGAGUCGAUUGACGCGUUGUUUGCGCCGUCGAGCCCGUUCAGUUGGCGGAUGGAGCAGGCGUACCAGGAGCACGGCGACGUGCUUGCAGAACGGGGGCUUUCAGUGCAGGAAGUCCAAGCCAAGGGUGCCACAAGUGGAGAUGGUCGGCUUAUCAAUGUGAUGGGUGACAGGUCAAUAGCUGCUUGAUUUUAUUGCCGGGGGGCGGCUAGCGCACGCGCGGCGAAAGAGAGGUCUUGUUGCGGCAUGCGUAGCGAUGCGAUGAGGAG